GUUGAAGAAGAAGACCAAAAUUAAAGUGCAUGUGACUUUGAGAGAGUAGGAAAAAUUAGGAAGAGACUUUGAGCAGCUAUUUCUUUUGUCUGCUACCUCGUUAACUCUCUCUAUCUCUCUACCAAAAUCCCCAAAUCGUUAAAAAUUAGGGUUUCAAGUUUGAAGAAGCAGAGAGAGAGAGAGAUGAGUGCUUCAAGGUUUAUUAAGUGUGUCACCGUCGGCGACGGCGCUGUCGGAAAGACUUGUCUGCUCAUCUCCUACACCAGCAACACUUUCCCCACGCUUUGGAAACUUGGAUUUGUUGUUGGGUCCGAAUGUGCAGUGUACAUAGAUAUUUUCAAGGAAAGUUACUCAAAAGGCUUGUUCUUUUUGGAUUAUGUGCCAACUGUGUUCGAUAAUUUCAGCGCCAAUGUGAUUGUGGAUGGAAACACUAUCAACUUGGGACUGUGGGAUACUGCAGGCAAACUAAGACCUUUGAGCUAUCGAGGCGCAGAUGUCUUCUUGCUUGCAUUCUCCCUCGUCAGCAAAGCUAGCUACGAGAAUGUUUCCAAAAAGUGGGUUCCUGAACUGAGACAUUAUGCUCCUGGUGUUCCCAUCAUCCUCGUUGGAACCAAGCUUGAUCUUCGAGAUGACAAACAGUUCUUCGUCGAGCACCCUGGUGCUGUGCCUAUCUCUACUGCUCAGGGUGAGGAGCUGAAGAAGCUGGUUGGGGCACCUGCUUAUAUCGAAUGCAGUGCAAAAACACAACAGAAUGUGAAAGCGGUGUUUGAUGCUGCUAUCAAGGUAGUUCUCCAGCCACCUAAAAACAAGAGGAGGAAGAAGAGAAAAUCUCAGAAAGGUUGUUCUGUAUUGUGAUUCAAUAAGGAGAAAUGGAUCAACUUGGGAGAGUUAGAGCUACAACUUUGUUUUCUUCAGUGAAGCAGGAAUCUGUUGUUGUUUGUAGUCUGAAAAUUUGAUAACUAGUAACACAAGUUAUUUGUAUUCUUGUUUGCAUUUCGAUCUGUAAAUAUAUACUACGAAUCCUUGAUUUCUUUGUUUCCAAUUUGAGUAGUGAAUUAUUCUCCAAUUUGAGUUUUAUGUGGUUUCAGCCAGAAUAAGCCGGCCUUACGGGUA